AUGGCGAUCCUUAGCCAGACGUGGAUCCUCACCAAGAAGACGCUGCUCAUCGUCGCAUGGCGGCAGUGGUUCUUCACGAGUGUGCGCGCCUUCUGGGCGCCUAUAAUCUUUAUGUUCUUCAUCACAUACGCAAAAAACUUCUUCAUCCCACCUUCUGAAUUCGGCAUCGGCAACGCAACACCCAUUCGAUCCUUCCCCAACGCCCUCGCUGCUGCUACGGGCGGUCGCGACAAGGUCAUCUUCGUAAACAACGGACAUACCGGCGGUGAUAUUGAGAGCGUCAUAGGACAGCUAUCGAACCAAGUGCGCGAUGCUGGCCUACAACCCAUUAUAAUCAAUAAUGAGGUGGAGCUUCUGACAACAUGUUCAUCGUCGCUGCGUGGCGCAAGCACAUGCUUCGGCGCAGCGUCCUUCCACUCGAGUCCCAAUGAAGGCGGUGGACCGGCCUGGAACUACACACUGCGCGCUGACGGCGUGUUGGGAACACAAAUCUAUGUCGGUGAGGAGGACAACGAUGUGCAGAUCUACAUUCUGCCUUUCCAACGCGCCAUUGAUGAGACAAUUGCCAGUUUGAAUAGCUCAGCCGACGUGAUCCCCACUAUCGACGGGUUUCCAUACACCGAUCGCACGCAGGAGGAAAGAGACGAGCGAAUCCGUGUGCUGUAUAUGGGCGCACUCAUCAACAUCAUGGGCGCUGCAUUGUACAUUGGUGUUUGCGGUGUGACCUAUCAGCUUACCGGACAAAUGGCUGAAGAGCGCGAGCGGGGGAUAUCGCAACUGGUGGAAGCCAUGUCCCCGGCCAAGAAGGCGUGGCAUACACAAUUCGCACGGCUCCUGGCAAACCACAUCGCGUUUGACAUCAUCUACUUCCCCGGCUGGGUCAUCAUGGGACUGAUCGUAUGGGCCCUUGCCUUCAAGUCUUCCAACGCGGGAAUUCUGGUCAUCUUCCAUAUCCUGGCUGGUCUGUCGCUGACGAGCUUCUCCAUCUUCGGUGCUGCGUUCUUUCGCAAGGCUCAGCUGUCUGGUAUCACGAUUGUCAUCGUUCCCAUCCUGCUCGCCAUCAUCGCGCAAGUCGCAGGCCCGUUCGGCACUUCGGCGGUAUACGUUCUCAGUCUGAUUUUCCCCUCCAUCAAUUACGUCUUCUUCAUUGUCUGGGUCGCACGUUUCGAAAGAAAACUUACAGGUGCCAAUCUAGGCCAGGGCGCCCCCGACUACGAAGAUCAUGUUUGGACGACCCCUGGCAUUGUCUUCUGGGUUUUCUUCAUCAUCCAGACACUCGUGUACCCCUUUCUUGGUGCGCUCGUCGAGCGCUGGCUGUACGGCACCGUCUCGGCUGACCGCAAGACAACGACUGAUUCGCUGGACCACAACAUCAUUCUGAGGAAUUUUUCGAAGCACUGGACACCGAGCUGGUUGCGCAAAAACGUCCUGUGUAGAAUCGGCAUCAAGCCCCCGGAGACUGUCAUUGCUGUCGACGACUUCAGCAUUAAGGCGCGCAAGGGUCAGAUUAUGGUUUUGCUUGGAGCCAACGGAAGCGGCAAGUCGACGACAUUGGACGCCAUCGCGGGCCUGAAUACCAUCACCAGCGGAUCGAUCGAAAUCGACGGUACUGGAGGUCUAGGACUGUGUCCGCAGAAGAAUGUUAUGUGGGAUGAGCUGAAUGUUUACGAGCACGUCCGGAUCUUCAACCAGCUCAAAUCGACUGGUACAAUUGACACCAAGGACACCAUCGAGGAAUUGAUCCGCGCUUGCGAUCUGGGACACAAGAUCAAGGCCCGGUCCAGCACGCUCUCAGGCGGUCAGAAAAGGAAGCUUCAGCUGGCGAUGAUGUUCACUGGUGGUAGCAAAGUAUGCUGCGUUGACGAAGUCUCCUCUGGACUUGAUCCUCUUUCGAGACGGAAGAUCUGGGAGAUUCUGCUUGCUGAGCGUGGCGAUCGCACUUUUCUUCUGACCACGCACUUCCUCGACGAAGCUGAUGUUCUCGCUGAUUAUAUCGCCAUCCUUUCGCGCGGUGUCUUGAAGACGAAAGGCACCUCUGUCCAGCUGAAACACGAGGUCGGCGCUGGCUACCAUGUUACAUACCCCCGAGACGCACCUAUUACACCGCCAGCAGAUGCAACGAAGAAGCCUGCGCCGUCGGCAGACAUGAUACAGUACUGGUUUCCUGACGCUCUUCCUGCGACUCACUUUGUCGAUGUUUUGAGGUCCAAAGGUGUUAAGAACUACGAUAUUGUCGGCCCGACACUGGAAGAUGUGUUCCUGGCUAUGGCUGAGGAAGUCAAGGAGCACAAUCUCAUGGAUGCAAAUGAACACCAAGCGGUGCUCGCGAACAAAGACGACCAUCCUUCAGAUCAAGUCUCCAACACGGACAAGGGACUCGAGAUGGGCAAGGGCCGAGGUACCUCGAUGGGCAAGCAAACCCUCAUCUUGAUGCAGAAGCGCUGGACCAUCCUUCGACGCAACUUCUGGCCUUACAUUUUUGCUCUGCUGUUGCCUAUCAUCGCUGCUGGUCUGGUCACAUUGUUCCUGCAGAACUACACAGCCGUUGGUUGUGAUCCUGGGGAAACCUCCAACGACCCCGAGGUCUUCACGCUUGCCAGCACUGACGCCAUCCCGCUCAUCCCGAUUGGUCCUUCAAGCCUUGUCGGCGAUGCUAUCGCACAGAUCGUCCAGCGUUCUGGGAUCAAGAACGAUAGCUUCUAUAUCGUCGAUACGCUUGAUGAGUUCAACGACUUUGUCCAGACGAGCUUCCGCAAUAUCACGCCUGGUGGCUUCUUCAUCCGCGAGAAUGAGUCUACGAUAAUGGCAUAUCUUGGAGAUGGUGGCGUAGUCGGUGGGCUUAUCACACUCAACACUCUCGAUAAUGUGCUCUCGAAUGUUGCCAUCUCGACCCAAUAUCAGCAGUUUGCGGUACCUUUCGCACCGAACAUGGGCGACACACUGCAGCUAACGCUCUACUUUGGUUUAGCCAUGUGUGUUUUCCCUGCACUGUUUGCUCUUUACCCAACACAAGAGCGCUUGAGGAAGGUGCGAGCACUGCACUAUAGUAACGGUAUCCGAGCUGUACCGCUGUGGCUGGCAUACACUGCAUUCGACUUCAUCUUUGUUCUAAUCAUUGCAGGUGUCACGACAGCGAUCUUUGCUGGCGCCUCUAGUGCUUUCUACGGUCCUGGCUACCUGUUCGUGGUUUUUGCCCUUUACGGUCUGACCGCGAUUCUGUUCUCGUAUCUCAUCUCGAUUGUUGUCACGUCGCAGCUUGCGGCAUUUGCUUUUGCCGCCGGUGGUAUGGUUUCUCUGUAUCUCAUAUACUUCAUUGGAUAUAUGGCCAUCCUUACAUAUGCCCCUGCGUAUAAGAUCGACGACUGGAUCAACAUCUUCCACUGGACUGUUUCGCUCAUCGCACCAUCUGGUAGUCUGCUGAGGACACAACUGCUCUCGCUCAACUCGUUCAGUGUCCUCUGCGAUGGCAAUAAGAUCCCCAGCUACCCUGGCAAGCUUACGGUCUACGGUGGUCCAAUCCUGUACCUUACAGUCCAGGCUAUCCUUCUCUUCAUCGCUCUUGUCUGGUGGGAUUCUGGCUACAGACCACCUUUCCUCAACCGCGCAAGCAGUCGUCAAACGCAUACAGAAGAGAACCUUGAGACCAUUCCGCCUGCUGUCCUUGCUGAGACAACACGCACCGAACAAUCCAAGGACAGUCUGCGUGUACUUCAUCUGCAGAAGACAUUCGGCUCCAACCAUGCGGUCAAUGACAUUAGCUUCGGUAUCCCACGAGGUCAGGUCUUUGGUCUGCUCGGCCCCAACGGAGCAGGAAAGUCCUCGACCAUCUCACUCAUCCGUGGUGACAUUCAUCCAACGACACAUAUCAACGGCGGUGGUGAUGUACUCAUCGAAGACAUAUCCAUCAUCUCCAAGCGCGCUGCCGCCCGUGGCCAUCUGGGAGUGUGUCCCCAAUUCGACGCCAUGGAUACCAUGACCGUGACGGAGCAUUUGUACUUCUACGCUCGCGCUCGGGGCGUGCCGGAUCCUGUGUCCUCUGUUAACGCCAUCCUGCAGGCCACUGGCCUCGCUCGCUUCCAGACACGUCUCGCUUCCAAGCUUUCCGGUGGUAACAAGAGGAAGCUUUCCCUUGGUAUUGCGCUUAUGGGUAAUCCCUCCGUCCUCCUGCUCGACGAGCCCAGUUCGGGUAUGGAUGCGGCUGCAAAGCGUGUCAUGUGGCGUACGCUCCUUGGUGUUGCGGCGCCUGGACGUGCACUGUUGAUCACUACGCACUCCAUGGAGGAAGCCGAUAAACUCGCGACGCGAGUCGGUAUCAUGAAGCGGAAGAUGAUGGCUCUCGGUACUGUUGGCCAGCUUGGCGAGCAGUACGGUGAUGCGUGGGUUGUCCAGCUCGUUCUCAAGAGCGCCCCAGAGACCACGGAAGAGGAAAUGGAGGCGUGCAAGGAGUGGGUCAGGAGGAAGAUACCCGGUGUGCAGAUGGAUAAGUGGGGGUCUAGGGAUGGAGGUCACGGGCAGCUGAGGUUCAAGGUGCUGAAGGCUGCAAAGGGUGAGGGGGGUUCACGGACGCCCUCUCUCCACGCCGACGACGUCGAAAAGACAAACGCCGAUGCCACUGACCAGCUUGUGCGCACACAGUCCUCGGACCUGGGAGGCAUCCCAGGGCUCAUCCAGCUCCUUGAGUCGAACAGAGAGGAGCUCGGACUGGAGUAUUACUCUGUCUCGCCAACUACACUUGACGAGGUUUUCCUUCGCGUUGUCGGUGAGGAUGAAGAGGAGAAUGGUAAGGAGAAGAAGCAGUCCAGCGGAUCCAAGUUUUUGAAGUUCCCCUGCUUCUAA